AUGUCGUUCAAAACGGUCCUGUCGCUGUUGGCCGCUAUCCAAGCUGUCCAGGCCGACUUCUCGCAUCCUCUGCACUUCAAGAAGGUCAAUGCCGUGGCUGCAAAGAACAUUGCCACAGCAAAGGGACGGCUGGUACAAGGAACAGCGGAUCUCUGGGAUGACCAGGGCUUCUGGUUCUCCAACUUCACAAUUGGAGGCAGCCCCAACCUCGAAAUCCUAAUUGAUACCGGCUCCGCCGACGCCAUCUUGAACCCGGGGAUUUACAAGCCUGGCUCCAGCUCAGCGUCGGGCCAAAUUUACCGGGAUGUCAUCACCCAACACGGGGCCAACCUGACCGUCCCCCAACAGUACCUUGGAACCGUCUCAAGCCCUCAGUCGCCGCCGACUUUCCCUCACGAUGGCCUCAUCGGCUACGCAGGCAUUGAUAGCAGCGCUCUCGGCCAGACCCCAUUCUUCCAGAGUCUCUGCGACCAAGGCACGCUGUCAUCCUGCCGUUUCGGGUUGGCGCUCAACGCCGACGAGACUGGUACGCUCUACUAUGGCUCCGUUGCGACGGACACAUUCAGCGGUAGCUUGACUUCAGUCUCGGCCAGCGAUCAGUGGAUCGUCACCGGCGAUGUCACUGUAAAUGGAGCGACGGUUCAGCGCAGCGCCUCCAUCAUCACAGACUCCGGCACGACCGUCAUCUUCGGGCCUACUUCACAGGUCAAGACUAUAUUCCAGAAGGCGGGCAUCCAAUCCGUGCAAAACAGCAAUGGCAUCACUGGCUACUAUGCCUGCGAUGCACCGCCCACCAUUGGGCUCGCAUUCGGCGGCAACAACUUCAAUAUCUUGCCCGAGGCCUUGGCAUUCGGCCAAAACGGCAACAACUGCACAGCUAGCAUCCACGGGACGAGCGAGUUUGGCAGCCAGUGGUUGGUUGGUCAGGCGUUCUUCCAGGGCAAAUACAUUGAUCACAACGUCGACGAUGGGACAAUGGGCUUUGCCAACUUGCAGUAG